GAAUUACCAGCUCUGGAUCUCGUCAUUCGCGAGACUAUCCGAACUACUACGUCUGGUGCAGCUAUACGUCGAAAUCUCGGGAAAGACAUUCUUUUAGCGGAUACUACUAUUAAGAGAGGCGACUUCCUCACCUAUUCUUUAGCCGACAUUCACUUGAACGCGGACAUCUAUACCGACCCCGCUAAGUUCGAUCCUGGGAGGUUCGCAAAGGGGAAAGAGGAGGACCAGAAAGAAACAUAUACUUAUAUCGGGUGGGGCGUCGGCCGACAUCCCUGCGCUGGAAUGAGGAUCGCAAAAUUGGAGAUGAAGCUCAUCCUCGCUAUGUUCCUCGUCGGUUAUGAGUACGAA